UACAUAGUAUUUUUCCUUUUUUUGUUGCAGAACCCCACUCAGCUUCCCUAUGGAAAAGCUCUUUAUGCCUACGAAGGGAAAGAACCUGGUGACCUCAAAUUUAACAAAGGGGACCUUAUUAUAUUGCGCCGAAAAGUAGAUGAGAAUUGGUAUCAUGGGGAACUGAAUGGAAAUCAUGGCUUUUUCCCAGCAAGCUACAUCCAGUGUAUCAAGCCUCUUCCACCCGCUCCUCCACAAGGCAAAGCACUUUAUGACUUUGAAAUAAAGGACAAAGAUCAAGACAAAGACUGUUUGACUUUUACCAAGGAUGAAAUUUUGACUGUCAUCCGAAGAGUAGAUGAUAAUUGGGCGGAAGGAAUGCUGGGUGAUAAAAUUGGAAUAUUCCCUAUUCUGUAUGUGGAGCUCAAUGAAUCAGCUAAGCAGCUUAUUGAGAUGGACAAGACCAAUGUAGCUGCUGCAUCUGGCAGUGAUGUCCCUUUGCCAGUUGACACUAACCUGGCAGUAAGCACAGUCCAGUGCUGUACACUGAACAGUGCUGGAGCAGUCAGUGCCAUUCAACGACAUAUUGAUGGCAAGAAGAAUGCCAAGAAGCGCCACUCCUUCACUGCUCUCAGUAUGACUCACAAGUCGUCCCAGGCCUUGAAUAAUAGGCAUUCCAUGGAGAUUAGUGCUCCUGUCCUGAUAAGUUCAAGUGACCCCCGUGCUGCAGCCAGAAUUGGAGAUGUGGCUCAUCUCUCCACCAGUGCACCAGUCCAGGAUUCUACUUUAGCUGGAUCCGCAACUAUGGCUGGACCCAGAACCAGUGCAAUUGUGGGAGAUCAAGGAACGCCACCAAAGGUCCAACUACCACUCAAUAUAUAUUUGGCAUUAUAUGCCUACAAACCUCAGAAGACAGAUGAACUAGAACUACGUAAGGGUGAAAUGUAUCGUGUUAUCGAGAAGUGUCAGGAUGGCUGGUUCAAAGGGACAUCCUUGAGAAAUGGCAUGUGUGGUGUCUUUCCAGGCAAUUAUGUCACUCCUGUCUCCAGGGUUCCUGCAGCAACUAACCAGUCCAGGAAUUUAACAGGAGGCUCUCCAACAGCAAAAGGCUCCCCUCGAGAUGCUGCACCAGGAGCCCCAGCUCUUACCAGUUUUGUUCCUGUUACCAGACCAGCGGUUCCAAUCACAACUCCUCCCUCUCAGACCCAGCUGCCAGCAGGCUCCCCACAGAUGAAUAACUGUUUGAGAUACUCUUCUCAGCACACAGUUACCCAGACUCGCAGUGCUGUGCAAAUGGUUGUGCACAACUCUGUGCAGGCCCAGGAUCGGCCCACAGCCACAGUCUCACCACUGAGAAGUCAGAAUUCUCCAUCUCGCCUCCCAGCAACUGUGAUCAGAUCACACUCAGUGGCUUCUCCACAACAUAUCCACCACUCUCCUGUGCAUAUCAUCCCUGGAGCACAAUGUGCCAGACCUAUUAUUCCUCUCACUUCAGCAGCAGCAGCAAUUACUCCUCCCAAUGUCACUGCAGUCAAUCUGAAUGGAGAAGCUGGAAAUGGGCCCAUUACUGGCUUGGUAACUUGUAGCCCAACCAACACAGCUUGCAAAACAGAAGAAAGGAAAAAUGAAAAGAAAGAAAAGAAAAGCGGACUCUUGAAACUUCUAGCAGGAGCCUCCACGAAAAAGAAAUCCCGCUCUCCUCCCUCCAUGUCGCCAACCCACGACCCCUUGGCAAUAGUGGAAGGUAUGCUGCAGGGCGCAAUGGGACCUGAACUGUCCUCUCUCUCUAGCCAUGGGAGGGCAGGAUCUUGCCCUAUCGAGAGUGAAAUGCAAGGCGCAAUGGAGAUGGAGCCUCUGCACAGAAAGACGGGAUCUUUGGAUCUGAAUUUUUCUAUUCCUUCUCCCAUAAGGCAACUGCCACCUUCAAUGGCAACCAGCCACUCAGAAGCUAAGCCGUUGAAUCGAGAAAGAUAUCGUGUCGUAGUCCCGUAUCCCCCGCAGAGUGAAGCUGAGAUUGAACUGAAGGAGGGUGACAUUGUGUUCGUCCACAAGAAAAGGGAAGAUGGUUGGUAUAAAGGGACGUUACAGCGGAAUGGCAGGUCAGGCCUCUUCCCCGGCAGCUUCGUGGAGAGCUUUUGAAGGCUUGGGUUGUGGACCUGAGGGACCUCCUGGAGGAAAUGCUGGAGCACAAAACCAUAUAAAGCAGCAACAAAGGGAAAGUGCCAUAAUGGGAGAGAGCCAUGAUUAUGAUUCCCAAAGGCUCUUUGAUUGGAAACAAGGGGUCUUGCAGCGCUUUCAAAUUGUACAUACAGCAGUAUGUUGGAGUCGUGCCUUCUACAUGGAACAGAUCAGAGAUGGAGAGGACACAUGUUAAAAUCCAGCCAGUAUAUUUCAUGUAAAUGAUAGAGGAAUUAUGUUUGGGGGAAAAAAGAAAAGUGUUCUAUUGCUAUAAUUUAUUUCUCUGAGCUGCAGUGUUCUUAUUACUGGCCCAGGGAAGAGAAAAAGGGACUGGAUUUCUGAGGGCAGCCAGGAAAGGCUUGUUGUCUGCCCUCCAAAUAAUGGGCAUAUGCAGAAAAUAUGGCUUACCUAGAAAGAACCAGAAGCCCAAAACAUAAUUUAAUUCCACAUAUACCUCAAAAAUUCUCAAUUCCAUGUCCUCAUUAUGACAUUUCCAGCCUGCCACCACAGCCCAAAGUUGGCUUUUGUUGAUUUGGUUUGUAAGUGGUGUUUCCUCCCCUUCUCAGCCAAAGCUUCCCAAUUUCACCACCCAGAGGGCUAAUACAGUCAGAGACAGCAAUCUGCUUAGCUCCAGUUGGCCCAGUACAUCCACUGCAAGAAUGCCCUUUGUAAGAGUUAUAAGAGUACCAGAUACUUUUCGUGUGUAGCCUAUUUCUGUGAGUUGUGGAGAUUGGACUUGGGAACAGAUUUUCCAGGGAAUUACUGUUUCCACAUCCAAACCCUAAAAAAACAUUGAAGCUAACAGGACAGAUGGGUUGUGGAGGGAUCUCUUGCUUUCACAAAAGUAGGAAGCUGUAGAAAAAGCUGAAUGAGAAGGGCUGGGAGACAAAGAGGGCUAUGGGCAACAGGGAAGCUGUUGCUCAUCACUGGCAAGGCAACAUCUCCUGCACUGGGCAUCAAAUGCCCUUUUUGCCAGGAGGCACAUCACCUGGAAAUGAGCAGUCGGCCAAAUUUACUAUAUAGCCAAACAAAGUGUGGGAAUUUUCAGAUGGAGAAAAUCUGUCCCAGAGCAGAGCUGGGAGUUCUGCCAGUGGAAUGCAGCCUUCCACCUGCUUGGCACUGACUGGCUGCUUGUCCUUCAUUUUGGCCUGUAUUUUGUUCUUGGUCCUUGCCCUUGCAGUACUGGGAAGGGAGGCAACGCUCUACCUGUGUGCAGAUGAUAUGGAGCCAGCAGAGAAGCAGGGUAACAGGAAAGCUGCUGGUCCGAAGAGCUGACAAGCUGGAGGUGAAGGGCCCAGCCUAGAUGAUUCAACCUAUCUAAUCCAGUUGUUAGUUGCAGAAAUUCAGAGCAGCAUCAACAGGUCAAAAGAACCUCUUUGGAGAAGGAUCUGGAACUGCAAGCACAGCUUUUUUUGGACAAGUCCUAUAAAGGUAAACAGAGGAAAGUGGUUUCUUCUUCCAUCUGUUGCUUCACUCAAUGCUUGUCUGCUUGGAAAGCCAGCUCUAGAUCUUUGAGUCACAGCUCCCGUGAUUUCCUUCCCUUGGCUUUGCUUGAACCUGUGUGGAAAGUGCUCUGCCCCAUGAUUUACAAGUGGGUGGGAAGGAGCAAAAGCCCAGGGCCACAGCUUUUAAAAAUCCUCAUUUUUCUUGCCACAAAAUUAAAGUUUUGAUCUCCCAUUUUCCAGGAGACUGAGAGAUCAAUAUUCCCACUGUCUCCCUUUGACAGCUGUUGACACUGGGAAAUCAUUCUCAAAGAAGAUUAAUAGAUUUGCAGGAAGGAAAAAAGAAUCAGAGGAGCUGAUUAAGGAGUAUUAAAAUCCCCAAUUCUGCCUCACUGACAUUUGGGAGAGUGAUUGUGUUUAGACUUCCCACUAGUGGGAGAAGUCAAGGGGAUAAGGGAAAGGAUGACAGGAAUACACCAACAGCUGCACUGAAACUGGCUCACAAUACAGAGGGAAAGGUCACACUGUCCUGCCCUGAGGUAAAGCCCAUCUGAGUUCAUUGUGUAUUCCUGUUGCUCUAAGGAAGGGAGGAAAGUAUAUAAAAGUAACUGUCUGGAUAAGCUGAAUGGGUACCAACUAGAAUCUAGUUUGAGUAUCAUCUUCCAGGGCUUCCCAAUCUCUUCUUCUAUAUCUAAUGAGCAGCUCUUCACCAGCUCAUGUCAAAGCCCCUUCCUUUCCCCCCAAAUAUUGCUAGGAAACCACCGGUAUUGAAUUGAUGCUCAACAGGUCUGUGCUAUUUCAUUUGUUUCAAAAUACUUUUUGACUCCUCUUUUAAUAUUCAAUUUUGACUGGUGCUUUAUUUUAUCAGGAUUUCAAAGAGAAUGAGGUUUUGUACAAUAUAACUUUCUAAGGUAAGAAGUAUUAGUAUUCCUUAUAAGUAAAGGACUUCUUUAUAAAUAGGGAGUAGGUUUUAGAAUGCAUUUAAAAGACACCUAUUAGGAAAUUAUUGUUGUAGAGGUAAUUGGUAUCUCUGGUAGAUCUUCACUUUGAAGUACCAGUGUAGGGAAUUAGUGAGGUCCUGCAGAUAUUGAUGAAUUACAACUUUUAACAUCUCACACUUUUGAACCUGGUCCCUAAUUGUUGUAGUUCAACAUCUGUAUCACCAUUGGCCCAUUGCUUCUGAUAAACACAGGUAAGCAAACCUUUCCCUUGGAUAGUACACAAUGAGCUGCAUGGAUCGGGUUUCAUAAUGAAGAUGUGGGGUUCUGGGUGCACCUUGACUUGCUUCAAGCUUGAGAAAAAUGCCUUUAUGCAGAAGACAAGCAACGUAAUAUGAGAAAACCAGGGCAAGAUGCCAAAUUUUUAAGUUAACUCCCAAGAAAGAAGAGUGGAAGGAAAGCAGUUGCUAAUCACUUCAGCAAGAAAUCUCAUUGUGCUAUAAUAAAUAAAGGAUGAUCUAUAGAGGGCAGAAGGAAUCUCUGAUCCAUAGGGCAAUAAAAAUCUCCUUGUAAGACUUUGCCCUGUGUCUCAGGCCUUGCCUCUAGGUCUAGUGCAGUCCAUCUUCUACAUCCACCAUGGCCCCACCCCAGGAAUAGGUUAACGUUAGGGCUGUGCUUUGGAGCCAAAGCCAAAAAGAAGCUUCAUGGGAGGCCUGGGUGUUAUCACUGCCCCAGUUGCCGCCUCCUUGAAGAAGAUGUCCUCUGGUGUCAUUUUUGUUCCCCUCUAGCAUUUUCCUGCAAAUGGAGGCUCCAUUUUUUCCAGAUCAUCUGAAUGUUGUUCCAUUGGCUGUGUGAAGAAUUAAUCAACUGGCUUGUCACUCAAGUCUGACAUUCAUGCAAUUUCUGUUGCAACCAAUGGGUCAACAUUUGGAUGAUCUGGGGGGGGAGACCUUGCACUUGUGCAAAAACAUGGGGGAGACGGGAAUAGGAAAAUAUGCAUUAAACUAAGGGGUCUUAAGCUAAAGGAGAUUGUUUUAAAAAAUCUAGUUGCAGUUUAAGAGACAACUUCCAAAGGAAGAGAUUGGCUAUCAAACAUUGCUACUCCUGUUUCAAUAACAUUCUUCCAAGUUACAGUGAGACUUCAAAAUUGUUUCCAUAGAUCAGGUGAAAACUAUUUUAAAGCAUCUCUUAUUAUAGUGGGGAACCAUUUCUGGAGGGGUAGGAGUGCAGUUCCAGGAAAAGCAACUAGUUGCACCUGACCAAUAGUUACCCACCCAUUUUAGGAUCAGCUGUGUCCUGUCUCAAUUUGUCUAAUAGGAUUUCUUCUGUCAAUACAUACCUGUUUCCCAUUUCUUCUGUAAAGCCACAUCGUGAAAUUUAGCAGAAGAUACCUGGUGUAUCUGGAUUCAGCCCGUUCUUUGCUAUAAGAAUAUCUGUUCAUAAACUCAGAUUUUAUUACUCUAGGAAUUUUGUAUCAGUUCUAGGAGCUAAUGUCAGAUUUUGGAAGAUCCAACACUGCAGCACUGAUAAUGCUUAACCAAAUGGGUGGGAAAGUCUUCUGGUACAGUGUUAAAUAGCUAAAUAGCACAAGGUCCUCUCUCCUACAAUAAUAUGUGAAAGGUCUCAUGGAAGUAUGAAAGGUGUUCCAUCUAGAUGGAUGAUCAUUUUGAGAGAAUGGGAAGCUUUUCCAGGACAGUUCAUUUUAAUUGGCUUCCAAUUGGCAAUAAAAAGAACACUGCAGACUCCCACAAGCACAAAGCAUUACAAUUUUUCUUACUCUCUGUUUUACCAUCAGAGAAAAAGAUAACAUAUGAUUUGUUAUUGUAGAAAUUUAUCAUUCUAAACACUAUUUAGUUUUGUAACCCAAGCUCAUGCCACAACAUUUCAGGCAACAAAAACUUCCUAUAAACAGAAACCUAAAGAUGCAAUAAAUAGGGAGCCAAGAAAUAAACCUACAAGUUGGCUGGUGACAUUGCUAACAUUUUUUAGGAGAUGGGAGAAUAUUUUUAGUCACGUAUGUGCUACAUUUCCUUUAGAUGUCAGAAACAUCUCCCAAAAUAUUCUCAUUAAGUCGAAAGGCAUGGCUUUCUCCUGCUUUAAGUAUGUCUAUUUUGUCAUACAAUACCUGAUGAAUACAAGAGAUGAAGACCAUUAUCCAUCCAAAAUGUAAGGUAUAUUUGGCUUUGCAUAUUUUUAAUGUUGUCAGAUCCCAAAUUAAUUGAAACAGCAAGCAAGCAUUUGCCUACUACAAACUGAUUUCUGAUGACACCCAUCUUUGGAUAAAGGCUCAUGAAAUUAGAGGCUGAUCUGUUGGCUGUAUGCUAGGGAGUGGCCAGUUGGUACUUGAAGUGACAAAUGUGCAUGUAAUUAUUUUACAAAAAGAAAAACUCAGAGGGAAUAAUACAGUACUAAUAUGCUGGGUUAUUAGGUCUCUGUGCUUAAAAAAAAACCAAGAGAACAACCAGAGCAAAGCAAAUAAAUUCAGCAAUAUCUUAACUAUUUUUUUUAUAUUCUUUUUCUGUAAUGUAACUGUACAGUACUUCUUUAUGUACCCAGAGUUGUAGAUGGGACAGUCUAAAGUUUUGGCACUGUGUCCCUGUUUUCCUAAAAUGAGAGGUCCAAAAGUAGAGCGGAUGUCAACAUUUUCAGCUGUCGUUCAUAUAUUUCAGUCCCUACCUUUUGGAAUUAAAAAAAAUACCAUCCAGCCCACGAUUGCUGUGAGGAAUGUACUGUAGCAAUAACAUCUCUCCCCCCUCUCUCCUCCCCCCUUCCUCUCUCCCUUUCACUCCCUCCCCUCCAGUUGAAGAGAAUGGAACCAGGCUUCCCCAUUCCAGCCUGAAAGCCUCCUUUUGGGUAGCACAUUCCAUGCAUGGAGUACUUCCAAAUCCUCCCUGUUCAAAUCUCAAAUAAUUCCCAAGAUCCAGUCAAAGCAAAUCAUUUUAAGUCCUUUUGUUUUUAGUGGCAUAUAGUUUCCAUAUGGUUAAUUUCCCCAUUAAACUUUAAAAGAUCUUAGAGAAAAUUAGUCAUUACAAACAUUCAGGCAAGAAUUCAGAAGAGAGAGAGAGAGAGCUGGAAUGGAUAUUGAAAAGGAAUAAAUGGAAGGAAAGAGUAAUCUCUUUUCUUGUAUUCUGUUAAAUCAUAACACUCUCAACUGCUAUGCAGGACUUUAGCCACAAUUUUGCAUGAGUUUUUAGAUCUUUCAUGGAGUGUAACUCCCUCAGAUAGCAAUUAAGUGAAGAAAUAAUAGGAUGAUCACUUCCUUUCCAACAACUUUGUACACAACAUCCUACACACACAAUGCACACACACUAAAGUGUUAUGUUUUUUUUUUAAUACCUGGGGUCCUUUGAAGCUGUAAACUAUGUUAAUGAUGAUGCAGAAUUUAAUUGGCAGGAGAAAGCUUACCUAAUCCCAAGAGGACAGCCAUGGUGAACAGGAGGAGUCCAAAAUGUAUGGACUAGAAGGCAAAUGGAGAGCAAAUGCCACUGUCAUAUCCCGAAUAUCAGGAUUUAGAAUACUCUUCACCUUAUAUCUCUCUGCCUAAUUUUAUCCUUUUGUUGGUCUGGUGAAUAAUUCCCAAAAACACUGGGUUUGUGUGACCUACCAUUUUGUUUCCUAGAAAUAUUUAUGGGAUCUACUUAAGGUCUAGAAAUUUCCCUGAAGAUCCCAUGGAUACCAAACAGCUAGUAACCAAUGUUUUGUUUUUCAUAUGUUUUUAAUAUCUCAUUAAGUUGGUGUACCAAAACUGGUGUACUAGAAGUGAUAUUGGAAGGGAUCAAUACUUUGGGAUCACUUUUUUUAGUUUUGCUCCUUGGAAAGUCAGUUUUAAGUUUGUGGGGAAUAUGAAAGGCAGUUUGUGAUAAAGGUAGAGUUACUGUUAAUGAGAGGGCACAUCCACUCCCCCUCAAUACAGACAAAGCUUGCCUGCUGCUAAAAUAACUCUGGCUUAUUAAACAUGAGGCCAAAUUUAUUUCAUAUUGGCUUCUUUCCCAUGCUCAGAAUGUAGAAUUGCAAAAGUUUGUAGUCCUUGUACUAUACAUUCAGCUGGCCACCUUGAGUAAUGUUUGUGCAAAAGAGCGAUUUGGGAAAAAGAAUCAAUGUCUUGGUAGAGCUCUUUGGGCAGGGGACUACACAGCAACUGGGUGUUAGUGGAUGCAGGUGUUUAAUGCAUAAUCUGUGUGAAGCCGAAACAGCCAAUAACUUACCUCAUCCCCCCCCCUGCCAAAAAAAAACCCUCUUCAAAAUUCAGUAUUUUAAAAAAGAGUUGGGUUGCCACAAUUUCCCCUCCAGCAAUAGGUGCUGCAAGACUCAUCCAUCACACUUCAUUUGAGGAUAAAGACCUCCUUUGACCGUUCAAUGCUCUGCAAAUAUGGGUUUCUGAGUCUUAGAUCUCUUUCAUCGUGGUAGCUGGGACUCAUUUCCGGUGGUCAACCAAUCCCGCCUAAGUAGCACAAGCACAGAGGUAAAGGCAAAAGCACAGACUUCAGACAGUGACUUCUCUGUCCUUCUAUGAGAUUUUACUUCUACAGUGAAUCCAUUGAGAAAUAUUUCUUCAGUGGACUGAAAGCAUGGGGGAGGGAGGGGUUGAGCACGUGCACAUGUGUGCGUUUCCUGUGACAGAAAUCUCUGAAGAAAUUGUCCUUGCAGCCUUCUUUUGUAAAAGGCCAAAUUUGUUAUACUGGGGGGGGGGGAGGGGAGGUUUCUGCAAAUGAAAAAACCUUUGUACUUUGCACAUGUCAGAAACAAGGUUUUUGUUACACAUGAAUGUUAACAUAUUAUUUAGAAAAUGUCAAUGGUUGUUAUGAGUGCAAAUGACCGACAGUGACAGUGUUCUCAUCCUUUAAAUAAAAUAACCAUUAGUGUAA